CCUUGAUGUCUGCCACAACCGCAUCAUCGCCCUCGCAGCGCACCACAGGCCGAACACCACCUACCAGCGCCGGUGCCGAUCGCAGAUCGACGACUCGACCGAGCAGCAGUCGAACAAAGUCUGCUGGAAAGCAUAAGAAGGGCGGGACACCAGGUGGAGGUGGGAUUGGUCUCGGGGAGGAAGUCAAAAAGGAGGAUGCGACUCCGACUUCGGUUCCCCUCACAUGGACGCUUCUGACGCAGGAGGAUGUCGCAGAGCUCAAAGCCUACCAAACUCCUGACGAUAUUGUCAGCCGAUUUGCCAAAAUCCUCGGCAUGGACACAUCAUACAAGGAAGAGCUCUUGAACGCCAUCGUGGUCAACUUUUGCGUUGGGAACUUUCUAUUUGCCCGAGAUGCACACUUCUCUGAGGCCGAAAUCGGUGCCUUUUGCGCCAUCAUGAAGACACUAUUGGAUCAAUCUCUCGAAAAGGCAUGGCCUCUUGAGACGGCUUUACAUCAGUUUGGGGAUCUUCUCAUGUCACAUGCGGGUGCGGGCGGGGAAGAAAAGAGUGGAUGGGAUGUAUUUCGACCAGAGUCUGUUGUAAAGAUUGUCGAUUAUGGGGUUUCCAGUUUUUUCCAGCAUUACCGCCUCUUUUGCCACGUUUUAACCACCGAACAAGAAAAGCAAGAUACGGAGCUCCUUCUCCACCUUGAUGAGCCUCCAUGCGCCGUUCAGGUCUCAGCCAAGAGAUCUCAAUCCACCGUGCAACUAAAGAAAUCUCAACCCGACCUUCUUGUCAAGAAAUCACAACUCGACCUCGUACAAGAUGCUGACGACGCACCCGUAGCAGUAUUAUGGCCCCCUCCACUCGCUGAAGCUGUUCCGCUCCAUGUGUGGGAGAAGGAAGAGGCGAUUAGGAAGGAGGAAGAGGAGAGGAGACGGGUUGAGGAGGAGAGAUUGAGGGAGGAGGAACGGAAAGCUGCGGAAAACCCAUUCGAAGUUCUCUCCGCCGACGCCAUCAAACAGAUUGCAUCUGAGACAGUCACAAUGCUUUUGUCCGCCGUCGCAGGGGACGUGGAAAAGGCCCUAGAAGACCAGCGAACAAGGUUUUUGGAUAAAAUAAUAAAGUAAACAUGAGAAGCGGUUGAAAAACAAAUUAUCGAGACCUCCUACACAUACUUGAAAUUAUGAUAAACUAUUUUACAUUUUCC